CACAGCAGGGCAGAGACCGAAAGCAGCGGUUGGUCAAGAAACUGGCAUGAAGACACCAAAACAGAGCUCCAUCUCAGUGUCUACACAGGUGUCCUGGCUAUUCUGAAAGAAUACGUCAUGGCAUUCCAGAGUCGUGACACCCUUGUGCACAAGUUGCAUGACAAGCAGCUGCAGGUUUUCACCAACUUCAUUGCAUGCUUUGUGAAGCCAGAACACCUGCCACCAAUCCCCAGGAUCCUGGCAGGUCUCGAACUCAAGGGAGACAAACUGCUGCCUGCAAGAGACCUGUAUGUGUGUCGAGUUGCAGAUAGAUUCAGACGGGAGCAUCCUCAACACCAUCUGCUGAAGCCCUUCCUGGACCAAGUACUCCAGGCAUACAUCACAUGUGGGGAAUACCUGCUGAGCAAGCUGCCACAGGAGAGCAUGAACCUGCAGUGCCUGUCUGCUGUUGACCCUAUUGCAAGGGGGCACUCCAAGACUGGACGUCUGCUGAGACGACUUGCGGAGAUGUUUACCCAGUUUCUCCCUGCUGAUGUGGAUGUUCAGCAAGAGGUUCUCCAGUAUGUCGUAGACCAGAGCCUGCGAACUUUCAGAGAAGGAGAUGAUGCUGUCAGCUGGUGGGCAGCUGUCUUUGAAACGGGAAGGUACCCAGGGCUCAGCAUGGCAGUAAAGGCAGCAUUGUCGGUGUUCCAUGGGCCAACGGUGGAGUCUUCAUUCAGUCUUAUGUCUGAAAUCAUAGACUCGAAAAGUGGCAGCAUGAACAUUUCCACUCCGAGUGCCAUCCAAACUGUCGAACACACCUUGCUGACCCGGAAGCAGACUGCAGUGGAGAUGUUCAAAAGAGAAGACCUUAAGUUAAUAAAGAGUUUGCAGGUCUGCAGAAGGGCCCCCGUGUACACCUGGAAAUUGUUGACAUAGCCUGUCUUGCUCUCCGCCAUCACCCACACCUUUACUCCCCACUUCACCGGCUUCAUGGGGAGGUACUGCCAGAAGGCCAGGCAUCCCUUGAACUUGACCAUUGUCUCAUCCACGGUCACAAAGCCAUUGACCUCAUAGAGAUCCUGGAAUCUGACGAGGAGGAGGUCCAUGAAUCCCUUAAGCUUUGUGGGGAAAAACGGUCUGUCUAGCUACUGGACCAGAUAAAAUGAGACGGAGAGGUAAUAAAGUCUGUCGGCACGAGGACCUUGGAUUUAUUAAGUAAAGUGGCAACGGUUAUACAGAGUCAUAAAGCGUGAGAAAUCGAAUAUGUCUAAGUCCCUAAUCAGCGCUGAUGGUUCGUCCGGAGCUUCGCCUCCGUGGAAGGUCUGCUUCAGAAGAAGAGGAUGAAGAGUCCCUGUGUGGUACAGUUUUUAUGCUGUAUCCUCCUCUCGAUGAGGUGUGUGCGUUUGAGGUGUGUGUGGUUCUGUGUGUUUUGGCUCCCAGGCCCUGAGAGAGCUUCGUAACAGGGGAGAGUUCCUCGUGUCUCCGGUGUGAUAAAUUAAAACGGGGAGUGCCCCCCUGAAAUGUCUCGUGUGUGAUAAUUUAAUGUGGCUCUCAGGCCCCUGGUGUGGGCAGAGGUAUCUCUUGGUUCCUCCUAACGGGGAAGAGCUCUCAAAAUGUCUCCUGUGUGAUAAAUUAAUGUGGCUCUCCCGUUCUGGAGAUGAUACUGGUGCAUUGUCUGAGUGUCCACCAUCUGCCUGCCUGGGAGAUGGGGCCUUCAGCUCCGGCCUUGACCUGACUAUAUAUUAUCAUGUUUGUGUUGUUGGGUUAGAGCAUGAGUUGACUAUAUUAUAAUGUGUCCAUGUGAUGUGCUCAUCAGGCUAGGGUAGGAGUUAGCUAUAUUUAUAAUGUACAUGUGAUGUACUCAGCAGGUUAUUUUUCCCAACAGCUUCAAGGGAUCCCGCAUUUCCAUUACUUUGUACACGUCCCGCAAAUUGAGAUUUUGUCCCGCAUUGUUAUUAGGACUGGCCCGAAUUAUUUGAAUAUUCAAAUACUCGUUGGGAAAAUUAGUAUUCAGAGCUUCGUUGUUUCACGUAGGGCCUACGUGACGUUACCAGAGCGAGGGAGGCAAACUAUAAGCGACACCAAGCAGAGAAGCGAGAGAGGUGGAGGAAGAAUAGAUAUCUUGUUUCCCUUUACUUUAUAACAACAUCAGCGGGAUCUCGGGAGGAAAAUAAAUGCUUACUGAAAUUCUAACCUUAGCUUAGUUGUUGGUUUACGUUCGCCGUACAGCGCCGCGCAAAUCAACUGUGACUGGCUUGCUGCAGAGCGUGAGCGUCUUGCAAAUACCCGGUCAAUAUAAUGGAUACAAUAUGGACACAUAAGACAAUCAAUAUUCGGUAUUUGCUAUGGAAUUAUUGUACAAAUUCCCUGAAAAGAUGCACGUUCCAGAAUGAAUUGAAAAGCUCCCCUAAUGGCGUGUUCACACAGGCAGUUUUUUUAUAUUAAAAAACACCUGACCCGGGCGGUUUUUUACCAACUAAAAAACUGACAGGGUGGUUUUGUCAAUUUCAUUCUAGAGCAGAAUGUUCUAGAGCCAACGUUGCAAAUCGGUUACCGUAUCAAAGUGGUUUGACUACGCUACAGUGUCAGUUACAAUGUCGAGGAUUAAAAAAUUAGCCCUUGUUUUGGCGUUAGAUGACAACGAGGAUAACGAUGAACCUUCCCGUUUGUGGGUGCAUGACAUAAACCGGGGACGGCAGCAGUACGGGGCGUUUCAUAGUUUGAUUCAGGAGCUACGGUUUGAUAAUGCACGGUUCAGUGCGUAUUUCAGACUCGACAAGAGUCAAUUUGAAACCUUGUUGCGCAUCGUUGCGCCUUCAAUAAUAAGGCAAGACACCCACAUGAGGCAAGCCAUCAGUCCAGAGGAACGACUCAGCAUUUGUUUAAGGUAAAUCCGCAAAUAUAUUUAUAAAAAGGACUAUGAAAUCAGACGCAUGUCUCGUAGCUUAUUUUACUACUACUACUUAAAGCGCUUUGAGUGUGUGAAAAGCGCUAUAUAAAUUGAAUCUAUCAUUAUUAUUACUAGUAACAAGCAGGUAGUAGGUUACCUAGCAACAGGUCUAAUGUAAGCUAUGUUGUCUUGCCUCCCAUACUCUUUGGUGUUGCAGAGCUUGUUCUCACUUUUUCAGCAUACGUAGGCAAGGCAACUUUAUUUACAUAGCACUUUUCAUACACAAGGCAGACUCAAGUGCUUCACAUAUAAACAUUGUCAUACAAUAAAAUAAAAUAAUAGAUAAACAUAUGGAAAGAAAUGGGUAAAAUAGAAAGUUAAAAAGGCAUUUUAGUAUUAAAAUAGAAUAUAAAGGCAAAUUUAAAAAAGCUUUUUAGAAAGUGCAAUGUAUUUAAGAUUUAGCAGAAAGCUAAAGCAAACAUAAAAGUCUUUAGUCUUGUUUUAAAGGUGCUCAGAGUAGGCCUAUUUUAUAUGUAUAGCGUCCCUCGCUGGACAGGAUGUAGACUGCUAGCAUUACCUACCUGACUGUCAGGCCUGCAAAUGAAAUAGAAACUGCUAUCUAACUGCUAACGGCUACAAUCAAGAUCAACAGGUGUAUGCGGGCUUGCUCAAUUGUUUCAGACUAAACUAAAUAUCACUCUUUGGGCAGGUAUCUGGCAACUGGCGAUUCAUUCCGGUCCAUCGCUUUCGCCUUCAGGAUGGGUGCCAGCACUGUGGCAGGCAUAGUUCAUCAGGUCUGCACAGCUAUUUGGGAUUGCCUCCUGCCAGAUUACAUGCCUAUUCCAGACAAAGCAGCGUGGAGAAAGAUAGCCACUGGAUUCCAACAGCUGGAUUUCCCUAACUGCCUAGGGGCAAUGGAUGGGAAACACGUAGUAAUUGAGGCUCCUCCCAUCAGCGGCACUCUUUAUUACAAUUACAAAGGCACUUUUUCCAUCGUCCUUCUGGCUGUAGUCGACGCCAGGUACUGUUUCAGGCUUGUUGACAUCGGGGCCUAUGGAAGAAACAGUGAUGGGGGAACCCUCUCCUCCUCCGCUUUUGGUACUGCCCUACGGCAGAACACAUUGGGUAUCCCGGAUGACUCCAUCCUCCCAGGGGCAGAACAUCUUGGCCCGAUGCCUCAUGUGUUUCUGGCAGACGAAGCCUUCCCCUUGCGCCGUAACAUCAUGCGCCCAUACCCUGGCUACAACACUGGAGAAAAAAAAGUGUUUAACACCCGUCACCCUCACGUGCGCAGAAUGGUCGAGUGUGCGUUUGGCAUACUGGCAUCCCAAUGGAGAGUGUACCGUCGGGUGCUGUGUGUCUCUCCAGAAGUGGCAGAGAACGUGGUAAAGGCCACCUGCAUGCUGCAUAACUUUCUGAGGUGGGAUGCCAGCACUACAAUACCGGCUAGGUCAUCUACUGGAACAUCCACAGCUGAGCCAUCACAAGGUCUCCAGAACGCACCUCGCCUUGGCACCAACAAUGCUGGCAGAGAUGUUGUGGCAGUGAGGGAGAAGUUUGCUCAGUACUUCAUGUCUGAAGCUGGACGAGUUCCCUGGCAGGAUAACAUCUAGGCACAAACACAAAAUGGUUGCACUUUUGCACAAAUAUAUAUCAGUGCAGUACAAUUUCCAUGUUCACAAAUAAAAGAAUGACAGAAAACAUAUUUCAGCACAACAAAGAAAACUUAAACGUUUGCAUUAUUUGCUUCACUUACAUAAAGACACCAAAAUUAAACAUAAUCAUACUAAAGGCAUACAAUAAACCAACAUACCUCGCUCCGCUUGCCAAGGGUGCAAGACGAGGGUAAAUUGAGAGGGAAAAGUUGCAUUCACCGGACAUUCAUGGGUCAGCUGUUAGCUUGCUUCAUACGCUAUUCACAGACAUAAAACGGCAUAGAGAUGCGACCGGUGUAAGACAGAUGAACUAUAAAACUUACACACAAAAUGUUUCAAUAUGAACCCAACAUUUAUAUAACCAAAAUACAGGCUUUAAGACAUAUUAACUUACAUCUUCGACGCGACUACGCGCGAAACACGCAUCGCCGUGAAUGCUGCUGUGCGCCUCUAAAAGGGUACCGGGUGAGACGUAAACAAAAGGUUCCGGGGCGCAAUACAGGUCUGUUACAUAGGCCUUAAAAGAACCAACCAAACCAACAGUUAUUUUAAGAGCUACCCAAAGCUUCUGCUUAAAAGCUAGUCCAUUUCAUCACCAGCAAACACCAGAUGAUGUGGUGAAGUUGAAGUUUUCUCUGAAUCUUGGAAGCAGUACCACACCCAUGAACGAUAAAGCUGACAUAAGUUUAAAUAAAUGUUUUAUACCUAAUAGAAAUUGUGUGGCUCCUAUGUAUAUCAAAGUGGGUAUUGUAGUGAUAAAACAAGAUAAAAUGUUUAAUCUCCUUCAGAAUAUCUAAUGUAAAGAAAGAGGUACAAAGCAGAUGUCGGUGUUUAAAUGUAAUAAUUUAAUUUAAUAAUUUCAUUCUCCAAAUUCGAUAUCAUAAAACAGUGACUGCAUUCAACACUUUAGCAAUGCCUGUUUGCGAGACUCCAACCUUGCCAGUGUGGGUGCAAAGCUCAGAAGGAAACGCUCAUGCUCAUUCUCCUCCUUAGCAAUGGCACCUGUUGCUGGUAGGGGGUUAUGGUUGCAGUGGCCUGCCUCUUCCUCCCUCUUUGAACUCUCAUGGGCCCGAAUUCCUGCUGCUGUUGUU